GGUGCCUGUGGCCACUUCGCCGUUUCCUGAUGGAUUCGCUCCCCUCCCCCUCCCCCUCUCUCCCCGAGACUCCCGUAGGUUAGCCUUUAAGUCAGUGCAAUCAAUAGGAGGAGACGUCUGAUAGGCGGGCUAGGACUGCAGCCGUCGGGCGGAAGAGAGAGCGUCAGCCAGGAGGAGAGUUUCCUGUGGGUCGCCACGUUGGUCUGUAGUAGAAGAGCGUGACCCAGGCCCAGGAGCACCUUGGAGACCCGCUAGAUCCCCAGGGCGUGCGCUUUCGAGAGUCAGCAGCCGGCCUUUCUCUCCCCGCUUUUCAGCUGCCAUCAUGUCCCCUGAUGCGAAAAGAAUCGUAAAUGGGCUGGGGGGGGGGGGGCGGCAGCAGGACCUGCACAACUGGUCCCCGCCUGGCCCUCCUCAGCAGUGAUGGCUGCCCUGCAAUUUGUCCCCAACUGGCACUGGCAGCCACCAUGCAGCGAGGCCUGGCCCCCAGCAGCAACAGCAGCCACCAUGCGACUGGCCCAGCCCUGCCAACCGCCAUGCAAGGCAGUCAGGCUGUUCCUGAGAAGGAAGAGGCUGCCGUGGGAGACGUGCGCAUGUACAAGCGGCGGUGGACCUUGCCCCUUUGCAGAGCGGGCAGCGGGCCAAACGUUCAGGUGAGCAGAGGGGCCGCAGUGGCCCUGCCGAUACGAGGACCAUCCACUUUCCUUCUUAAUGAGAAACACGGACUAUAAACAGAGUAAGCAAGCCAACACACAUGUGUAGGGAAGCCUCUCCUGCCAUGCUCUCUGCCACCUGAAGGUGCCACCCUGCAAGUGGGCAAGACUGGCAGCGCCCCCUCCACGUGCCUUCUCUGUUGUGGCUCUAUUGAGUUCCAAAAGACGCUCAGCAGUUGCGCUUCAACUGCGCCUGCUCCAUGCACGGGCACUGUGGCAGGGUGCACGUGAGGGGGAAGAGGCGGGCAGGCAGAACUCCCACGGCGCAGCUGCUGGGUCCCUAGCCCUGCUCAGCUGUCAGCUGCGGUCGCCCCUUUGGCGAUGAAGUGCUUGUACAAGUUCUGAAAUGAGAUGAGUUAGUCACACAGCAAGCACAUUUGCUCACUCUCUCGAGACAACACCCUUGGGGGUGAGUGCUGGCUGCCUCCUCUGUGGUGCCCACAUGCCCUUUCUGUGCAUUUCCUGCCAUGGGAGUGCAGUGCUGGGCCCCCUGAGUGCCCCACCAGAGGCCUCAGAGACAGAGUCCCAAUCCACGCAUCCUGGCUGGCCACUGCUGGGGAGGGCUGUGAUUGGCUGUGGCUGUAAUUAGCACCUGUGCUGCGCCGGGACUUGUGGAUGGGCCUAUGCCAGGGGGGUGCUUUGCCUUUCUCAUCGCAUGGAUGCCAUUGGCUAUGCUGCAUUAUUUGCAAGCGCACCUUUCUGCCAGUUUUCAUAGAAUCAUAGAAUCAUAGAGUUGGAAGGGGCCAUACAGACCAUCUAGUCCAACCCCCUGCCCAGUUUUGUGGGUGGGGGGAGGCUUAGGGAGCCAGCUAACUCCCACCAUGCCCUGGAACCCCUCUUUCUGCAUCAGCAUAGUGGGUGCGCCAGUGAAUCUCCAGUCACAACAGAGGCCCACUGAUGGUCAGCUGCCAUGGCACCACUCCAGAGCACUAUGCUAGGCUCAGUCCAGGAUAUGGCAGAGGGAGACACAGUUGGCUAUUGCAGCACUUUUGCACCCCCCACCCACCCCUCAGGACUGCACUGGUACUGUACUCCAGUAUCCUACUAUAUAAUUCUCUUAGCGUCUGCCCGACGACUCACAUUUAUCCUGGUGCGCCUGCACAAGCACCAGGAUAAAAAGUGAGUGGUCGGACCCUGCCUUCAGAGGGUGCCGCUGGUGGUGGACAGCCAGGCGAGGCUGCCUGGCCCUCUGCCGCGAGACGAAGAAGCCCAGCUGGAGGGGGAGGCCAGCUAGAAGAGUGAUGCGCCUGCAGGUGGAGCCCGGGUGACAGGCCAUAACUGAAGCGCCCGCUGCCCUGGGAGCCCCUCAGGAGCCAGGGCGCACCACUCUCAGUGGACCCGGGGCAACGGGGUGUGAGCGACAUGCCCACUGCCCUGGGAGCCCUGCUGCACCACUGUCAGUGGAGCCGGGGUGCGGGGUUCACAGGGCUACAGGCGCGUCACCCCCCUGUGUCUGAGCCCUCCCCAGAACCUGUUAGACCCUCUACCUGCCAACCCUCCCCAGACCCCUCCUGCCUCUGAGCCCUCCCCAGACCCCCCUGUCCCCCUACCUGCCAACCCUCCCCAGACCCCUCCUGCCUCUGAGCCCUCCCCAGACCCCCCUGUCCCCCUACCUGCCAACCCUCUCCAGACUCAUCUUGCCUCUCAGCUCUCCCCAGACCCCCUUUCCCCCUACCUGCCAUCCCUCCCCAUACCCCUCCUGCCUCUGAGCCCUCCCCAGGCCCCACUUGCCCCUCCACCUGCCAGUCCUCUCCAGACCCCUCCUGCCUCUGAGCUCUCCCCAGACCCCCCUGUCCCCCUACCUGCCAUCCCUCCCCAUACCCCUCCUGCCUCUGAGCCCUCCCCAGACCCCUCUGUCCCCCUACCUGCCAACCCUCCCCAGACUCCUCUUGCCUCUCAGCUCUCCCCAGACCCCCUUUCCCCCUACCUGCCAUCCCUCCCCAUACCCCUCCUGCCUCUGGGCCCUCCCCAGGCCCCACUUGCCCCUCCACCUGCCAGUCCUCCCCAGACCCCUCCUGCCUCUGAGCUCUCCCCAGACCCCUCUUUCCCCUCCACAUGCCAAUCCUCCCCGGACUCCUCUUGCCUCUCAGCUCUCCCCAGACCCCCCUGCCCCCCUACCUGCCAUCGUUCCCCAGACACCUCCUGCCUCUGUGCCCUACCCAAACCCCUCUUACUCCUCCACAUGCCAAUCCUCCUCAGACCCCUCCUGCCUCUCAGCCCUCUCAGCCCUCCCCAGACCCCCUCCACCUGCCAGCCCUCCCCAGAUCCCUCCUGCCUCUGUGCCCUCCCCAGACCCCUCUUACCCCUCCACAUGCCAACCCUCCCCAGACCCCUCCUGCCUCUGAGCCCUCCCCAGACCCCCCUGUCCCCCUACCUGCCAACCCUCCCCAGACUCCGCUUGCCUCUCAGCUCUCCCCAGACCCCCUUUCCCCCUACCUGCCAUCCCUCCCCAUACCCCUCCUGCCUCUGAGCCCUCCCCAGACCCCACUUGCCCCUCCACCUGCCAGCCCUCCCCAGACCCCUCCUGCCUCUGAGCCCUCCCCAGACCCCUCUUGCCCCUCCACAUGCCAAUCCUCCCCGGACUCCUCUUGCCUCUUAGCUCUCACCAGACCCCCCUGCCCCCUACCUGCCAUCCCUCCCCAGACCCCUCCUGCCUCUGUGCCCUCCCCAGACCCCUCUUACUCCUCCACAUGCCAAUCCUCCUCAGACCCCUCCUGCCUCUCAGCCCUCCCCAGACCCCUCCCCAUGCCCCUCCACCUGCCAGCCCUCCCCAGAUCCCUCCUGCCUCUGUGCCCUCCCCAGACCCCUCUUACCCCUCCACCUGCCAGCCCUCCCCAGACCCCUCCUGCCUCUGAGCCCUCCCCAGACCCUACCUGCCAACCCUCCCCAGACUCCGCUUGCCUCUCAGCUCUCCCCAGACCCACUUUCCCCCUACCUGCCAUCCCUCCCCGUACCCCUCCUGCCUCUCAGCCCUCCCCAGACCCCUCUUGCCCCUCCACAUGCCAAUCCUCCCCGGACUCCUCUUGCCUCUUAGCUCUCACCAGACCCCCCUGUCCCCCUACCUGUAAUGAGCCUUUGCCCGUGUCUAAAACUAAGCUUCAACUAGCCAGGAGAAAGAUGUAUCUCUCUCCAGGAGAGCUUACAGCAAUUAGUUUUCAGACCUAUCAAACAGAUAAGUUCUUUGAACCAGCUGUUUAUCAGUACAUGUAUUUAUAUAGGGUUCAAUAUUGCUUUGCAACUCCUUAUCAAACACACAGACACCUGUCUAGAGUUUAUUUCACUUUAUUGAAAAUACACCCUAGUUUUUUAAUGAAGCAAGUAAUCAAAUUAUAAAAGGCUAUUAAUAUAAAUCCUAUAAAAACAGAACACAGAAAGGCAAUAAGAAAUAAGUUUGCUAACAUUUCUUAAUAAAUCCCUAGUUUAACAUGCUCAAAGUUUCUAUGAAAUACAUAGGUAGAGAUAGGUUCUCACCUAGAUUCUCCCAAGAGAUUUCUUCCAUCAGUACCCUGCCAUUCUAUCUGUGUUAUAUACCUCAUCAUAUGCAAAUAUUUAAGGUCUAUUCACAUGAUAGCACAAACAAAUAAUGAUUGGUUUGACACUUCACUGAAUAUUCAUUAUCACCAUAGUACAGCCUUCCAAUUAGUAAAAAAUUAUGUCAUAUUCAGAUCUGCAAAAGAAAACUGUAAAUCUCUGAGAGGUGUCAGGAAAAGUUAAGUUGAACGAUCACCAUUGGUUGAAUCUCUGAUAGAGGAACAUUAAUCUCGAUAAAGUCCACUAUUUUAAUUAACUGUCAAAGGAUGAAAGCACACCGGUUGAAUUACCUAACACAUAGAAAAAAUACACAGACAGUUCAUGCGAAGUUUAAAAGUUCAUCUAGCGAAUACAAGAGCUUGGCCUAAUAUUGAUUAGUAUUGAUUAUUGUCAUGUGCUUUUAAUCUAUAUUGGCAUAACAUACCUGCCAUCCCUCCCCAGAUCCCUCCUGCCUCUCUGCCCUCCCCAGACCCCUCUUGCCCCUCCACCUGCCAAUCCUCCCUAGACCCCUCCUGCCUCUCUGCCCUCCCCAGACCCCUCUUGCCCCUCCACCUGCCAAUCCUCCCUAGACCCCUCCUGCCUCUCUGCCCUCCCCAGACCCCUCUUGCCCCCUACCUGCCAUUCCUUCCCAGACCCCUCCUGCCUCUCACCUCUCCCCAGACCCCCCUUUCCCCCUACCUGCCAUCCCUCCCCAGACCCCUCCUGCCUCUCACCUCUCCCCAGACCCCCCUUGCCCCCUACCUGCCAUCCCUCCCCAGAUCCCUCCUGCCUCUCACCUCUCCCCAGACCCCCCUGCCCCCCUACCUGCCAUCCCUCCCCAGACCCCUCCUGCCUCUCUGCCCUCCCCAGACCCCUCUUGCCCCCUACCUGCCAUCCCUCCCCAGACCCCUCCUGCCUCUCACCUCUCCCCAGACCCCCCUUGCCCCCUACCUGCCAUCCCUCCCCAGAUCCCUCCUGCCUGUUAGCCCUUCCCAGACCCCCCCCGCCAACCCACCCCAGCCCCAGCUUUCUAGAGCCCGUUGUAUUUAUUUGCACAACGUGCUUUGUUUCUAGUUUAUUAUAUGUUUUAUCCUGCUCUUACUGCAUGGUCCUUGACUUUGUCAUCCCAUUUUCUGCAUUAGGAUAUAUCACGCCUGAAAUCUUUACACUUUAGCAUUGGUUUCCUACCUUUGAUCAUUCUGGUCUGGUUGCUUUGUUUAUUGGGUGUCUUAGGCUGUCGGUUUACAUUCUUGACAUUGUGUCAUCCGCCUUGAGUCUCACAAAGGUGAGCAAUAAAUAAAGCCAAUAAAUCAAUAAUCUCACAGUGUGAUCAGGGUUCGCUGGCAGCCCUGUUGGUUUGGUGAGCAAAGGCCCCACCCCUUACCUUGGGCCCUGGGGCUGCAGGGGGCAGGCCCCUCGUGCUUCCUUGGAGGGGCUGAUCGGAAACCACUUUGCACACCUACACUUCCUGGCAGAGCUCAUUCUGAGUGCUUUCGACAGCACUGGAAACGGUGACUGCUGGCGCUCUGCUUGCAAGAAUCAGCAAUAUCAGUUGACGGGAAAGCUUCCGUUCCUCUUCUGAGCUGCAAAGCAGCACAAACCGGGCGAGGAAACUCUGAAACAACAGCAAGGAAGAACACAAACCAUGAAGACGCACUUAGGGAUCACCUUCAGUGGCUUUGGCCUCUUGUUCUGUAUGUGCAGCCCCAUCUGGGGACAGGCAGCCAACAAGAUCGAAGUGAGCAUCUCUGAGAACGAUGUGACUCUCACGUGCCCCAUGAAUGAUUCUUACUGGAUGAAGAAAGAGGGAAACACAUUCAAAAAUGUGACCAUCUCACCAUCACUGACGAUCGAAAACUAUUUGGGGACCCAGCAUAACGGCAUGCACUACUGUGGCAAAGAGGACAACAUAAAUCGCAUUUACCUGCAAAUCAAAGAGUGCCCCGGGUGCGUGGAGAUGGACGUCUGGGUUGUGACGGGCAUCAUCGUGGCUGACCUGCUUGUCACCCUUGGAGUGCUGAUCCUGACCUACUACUUGAGCCAGAAGCGGGCAGCCCGCUUGGGCGGUGGUCCUGCAGCGGGAGGAGGCACCCGAGGACGGCCACGAGGCCAGAAGGAGGACCGGCCCCCACCUGUGCCAAACCCAGACUACGAGCCCCUCCGGAAAGGCCAGCGGGACGUGUAUGCUGGACUGGAGCCCAGGGCCUUCUGAGAGGGACGCCUGGUGGAGAAGCAAACUCUUCCCCCAGUACCGUUAGAAUCUAUAACUUAAAGCAUUUGUAUCUGUGUUUGGGCCUUCAUAGGAUGGAUUUUGAACAUGCUCUGUGUGAACUAAAAAUUUUAGUUAUUGCCCAACAAUUUUGGCCAACUACUUUGUGACAUGAGUCCAGUUCCAAGAACAUCUGGUCCAGAUGAGCAGCCAGGACCCACUUCCUUUAUGAAAAGCAGUGGACCACAGCACAGAUAAUACGAAGGAUGGGGCUGCCAGCGGUUACCAGGCUCGGUUCAAGGGUCCCAGUUAUCAUCACUGUCGAGCCUCGUCAUGGCCUUGAAGCCUCCUACCUGCAGGGCUGCCUCUCCUGCUCUGCUCUCUGCGGAAGCUCCACUCACCUGAGCAGGGCCUUCGGCAGGCCCCACCCUGCAAAGAAGCGAGGCCAGCAACCACCCGUACGCGUGCCGGUUCUCUGUCGUUGUCGUCCCCCCCUCCACACACACAAAAACACACACACACACACACACACACACAAUGCCUUGAGGAGAUCAGGAAGACUCCCUGCUCCUGGCAUUUUGCAAACUAUUUAAAAGAGAGUGGUCCAGGAAGACAUUUUUAAAGGGACUGGGGCAGCAGCAUAACAGAACGGUUCAAGAAGGCACUUCUAUAAAGGGAACGGGAUUCUAGUCUAUGCCACUGUGUAUGGCGCAUAUUAUCCUUUUGUUGUGUGUAGUGUCCUGCUCUGACUGCAUUGUUUUUUACUUUUGUAAUUCUUUUUUCUGUACCACCUGACAUAACACGCCUGAUACCUUUUUGCACGGUCUCUAAUUUUUGUAUUUUGAGUCCUAUUGCAUUGCUUAUUAGAUCUCUCUGCUAUCUGAUUACAUUGCUUUAUGCCAUGUAAUUUGUCUCGAGUCCCAGUGACAAAGGCAGAGCAUAAAUACAGUAAAUACAUACAUAAAUAAAAUUUUCAGAUAUC